AUGGAGGACUUCUUGCGCCACAAGCCAGCUAAGUUCACUAGCAAGGCCUCCCCCGAUGAAGCGGAUGCAUGGCUCCGCAAGUGUGAGAAAAUCUUCAAAGUGAUGAACUGCGAAGAUGAAAAAAAACUGUUGUUCGCUGCUUACCUGCUGAAUGGGGAUGCUGAAUACUGGUGGGCAGGUAUGCAACAACAGAUGGAGAAUAGUGAAGAGCCAGUGUCUUGGGCCAACUUUAGAACUCGUUUCCUGGAGAAGUACUUUCCAGAUACGGCGAGACAGGACAGGGAGGCCGAAUUCCUAGCAUUACAGCAGGGAGACAUGACAGUGCAGGAGUAUGUGAAUAGAUUCAAGCACUUGGUGAGGUAUUCCUCACAGAACAUCACAGAAGAAUGGAAGUGUUUAAAGUUUGAGCGAGGACUCAGACUUGAGCUGAAGAGGGUGGUAACACCUUUGAGAGAGAGGAGAUUUCCUAUCUUGGUGGAACAGGCCAAGAGUGCUGAGGAUUUGGAGAAGGGCCCUGGUCCUAUUAUGAGCCGACAUCAGAAAAAUGUCGUGGAGGCUAGGCAGAUGAAAAAGCUGUACAACCGACCUCAGACAUCUCAGGGUCCCACUUGUUACCAGUGUGGCGGACCCCACUUGAAGAGGAAGUAUCCACAGUUGGCAGGCGGAGUAGGAGGGUCAGGCGAUCGUCGCAAGUGUUUUAUAUGCGACAAACCAGGACACUUCGCCAAUAAUUUCCUAGAGAAGAAGAGUCUUGGCACGAAGAAACCAGCAGCAUCGCCAGCAGAGCGAGCUAGGGCAGCGGGCAGAGGCUUUGCCCUGACCACCACUGAGGCUACACAGUCGGGUAAUCUUAUUCUUGAACUUUGUGUGUUGUUUGGUAAAGUAGUACUUGUGUUGUUCGAUUCUGGUGCAACCUAUUCCUUUAUUUCUAAUGUGUGUGUGAGGAGAUUGAAUUUGGUGGCACGCGAUUUGGGAUGUGAGUUGCUUGUUUCAACUCCCUCCUCAGGUCAAGUGGCUACCAGUUCAGUCUACGUUGGGUGUUCAGUGGAAGUGGCAGGUCACAGAUUCAAGGUGAACUUGGUGUGUUUGCCUUUGGAGGGACUGGAUGUAAUAUUGGGGAUGGAUUGGCUGUCUAACAAUCACGUCAUAAUUGAUUGUGGACGGCGUAGUUUGGUAUUCCCGGAACAUGAAGGAUUGGAGCUAAUCUCGGCUUAG